GUGUGAUCCGGCUGAUCAUGCAGUACCUGAAGGAGAACAGCCUCCACCGAGCCCUCGCCACUCUUCAGGAGGAAACUACUGUGUCCCUCAACACCGUGGACAGCAUUGAGAGCUUUGUGGCUGACAUCAACAGCGGGCAUUGGGACACGGUGCUGCAAGCCAUACAGUCGCUGAAGCUGCCCGACAAGACCCUCAUUGAUCUCUAUGAGCAGGUUGUGUUGGAGUUGAUUGAGCUCCGGGAACUAGGUGCUGCCAGGUCUCUCCUGAGACAAACAGAUCCCAUGAUCAUGCUAAAACAAACUCAGCCAGAGCGGUACAUCCACCUUGAAAACCUUCUGGCCAGAUCUUACUUUGAUCCUCGUGAGGCAUACCCAGAUGGAAGUAGCAAAGAGAAGCGGAGAGCUGCUAUUGCGCAAGCUUUAGCUGGAGAAGUCAGCGUGGUACCUCCGUCUCGUCUUAUGGCGCUGCUGGGGCAGGCACUGAAAUGGCAGCAGCAUCAGGGCCUGCUUCCUCCUGGUAUGACAAUUGACUUGUUCAGAGGCAAAGCAGCUGUGAAAGACGUAGAAGAGGAGAAGUUCCCCACACAGCUGAGUAGACAUAUUAAGUUUGGGCAGAAGUCGCAUGUGGAGUGUGCUCGGUUUUCCCCAGAUGGACAGUAUCUGGUUACUGGCUCUGUCGAUGGUUUCAUUGAAGUAUGGAACUUCACUACUGGGAAGAUUAGGAAGGAUCUGAAGUACCAGGCGCAAGAUAACUUUAUGAUGAUGGAUGAUGCAGUGUUGUGCAUGUGCUUCAGCAGAGACACAGAAAUGCUAGCAACUGGAGCACAAGAUGGAAAGAUCAAGGUUUGGAAAAUCCAGAGCGGUCAGUGUCUGAGAAGAUUUGAACGAGCUCACAGUAAAGGUGUUACAUGCCUCAGUUUCUCUAAAGACAGCAGCCAAAUUCUUAGUGCGUCUUUUGAUCAGACAAUCAGGAUUCAUGGUUUAAAAUCUGGGAAAACUUUAAAGGAGUUCCGUGGUCAUUCAUCCUUCGUCAAUGAAGCUACUUUUACCCAGGAUGGCCACUAUAUCAUCAGUGCAUCCUCUGAUGGCACAGUGAAGGUUUGGAACGUGAAGACGACAGAGUGCUCAAACACCUUCAAAUCUCUUGGCAGCACUGCUGGGACAGAUAUUACUGUGAACAGUGUCAUUCUGUUGCCUAAAAACCCAGAACACUUUGUUGUUUGCAACAGAUCCAACACAGUUGUCAUCAUGAAUAUGCAAGGACAAAUUGUAAGAAGUUUUAGCUCUGGUAAGAGAGAAGGUGGUGACUUUGUCUGCUGCGCACUUUCACCUCGUGGUGAAUGGAUCUACUGUGUUGGUGAAGAUUUUGUGCUCUAUUGCUUUAGCACAGUGACUGGCAAGCUGGAGAGAACUCUGACUGUUCAUGAAAAAGAUGUCAUUGGCAUUGCUCAUCACCCCCACCAGAACCUGAUUGCCACGUACAGUGAAGAUGGCCUCCUCAAGCUCUGGAAGCCAUAGCUUGAUUUUACAAUGAGCUAUGAAGUAUGCCUGUUAGUUGCAGGUUAUUGAUGUUUGUGCUUUAACAAGGUCUAAAUGCACAGAAUGUGGAUAUUUGCUCAAUUUUCAGUUGAGGUUUCCAGAGAAUUACAUUUUUACUUCUUGGUCUAAAGUUAGGUAGAUUGAUGCUUAAAUAUAGCAUCAAUUAAUUUCAGAUACUUUUAUUUUUACCAGAGUAGCCGAAGCAACUUCAGUGAGAAUGUUUUUUCUGUCUCCUGAAGUCUGUACUCUUCCUACAGUGUUUAUAAAAGUUGAACAAGCUAGGAUCUACACACAGUUACAAGUGGUUGCUGACUUCCUACAAUACAGUAAAAUGCUUUUUUUUUUUAUUUGAAUGAAUUAUGUGAAAUGGGAAAGCUGUCUUUUCUCCAGUGCUGAAACAAAGGCACAGUUUUCCUGGAAUGCUGAUGAGGCUGCUCUGUCGUCAGCUUGAAGGCAGAGGCUUUUCUAGUCCAGUGGGUUUUGCUGUGUUCAAUUUUCACUAUAGUUUUUCCAAUUGUACGUAUUAAGUAGUGUCACACAGCUUCCUCAGAACGGAAUUAUUCUUUCCCAUCUCCCAGCACUUCCUGCUAUAAACCAGCCUAACUUUGCAGUGAGAUAUAGUUGCAUUUUUUGGUUUUUUCAUUUGUUUGGUUGGUUUUUUUGGGGAUUUUUUGUUUUGUUUGUUGGUUUGUUAUUGUUUGGUUUGGUUUGUUUUACUUCCAGGCUAAAAGGAAUUACUACCUGGGCCCUCUUCCUACAAGUGCAUAAUGUCUUCAGACCAGCUUUAACUGAAGCAGUUCCUUCUGGGGUGCCAUGUCACCACAGGACUUGCUUUUCAAGGCCUAGGAUAGUGUUCUGGGUGGAUAUGUUUCCCGCCAUCUAGUGGUUGCUUCCACCAUGGUGAGCAUAUAGUGCUUGCCUUGGUGGGUUAGUGAGUGUGAUAUAAUCAAUCUCCCAGGCCUCCCCAUAUAAAUAUUUCAGCCACUGUCUACCAGAGGGGCUUUAAAAGCUUGGCUUACUUGAUCACAGUGCAUGUUUCAUGUUCAUGGAUAACACGUGCAAUAGUGUCCAUGGUCAAGUCCACCCCUUGAUCACGAGCCUGUCUGUAUGUUACAUCUCUUCCUUGGUGGCCUGAGGUGUCGCAGGCCUACCAAGCUAGAAAUAAUUCACCCUUAUGUUAUGUGACCAGCUUUAACUGAAGCAGCCUCAGGGGAUCAAUGUUUUAAAACAUGCAAAAGCCAGUUUACAGAGGCCAAGUUCCUAGUGCUGUGGUGCUGCACAUGCUGCAGUUGUUUUGGUUUUUUUCCAGUUUACUCAGUUUAGCUUCCUGUUUUCCCAAAAGAGCAUGGCGUACUUAAGCUUUAAAUAAUUACUUGUAAGAUUUCUUUUUAAUUUCAUAUACCUUGGACCUAGUUAAGGUGAUACUUAGGUCCCACACUAUGAUAAAAAGAAGCCUCCAGGCUCUUCAGUUUUGAGCAGAUGAUUCCAUUUGAGAUCCUGACUAAUGCACACAGCUGUGAAUGUACACCAGAAUCUUCUAAAGUCUGACCACAAUUUUUGUAGGAUGCAGCAAAAAAUGAGGUUUUGUCUGUAAUGAUGAGACAAAUGCGUGUAGAUCUGAAUGUGCCACACAGUUUCCUGUCCUCAUCUCUGGUAGAAUGCUUUCCUACCACAGUAACCUAGCUUCUCUUUGACUUUAUAAAUUAGUUCCAAUUCAAGUACCCUCACAGUUUUCUUCAGCUGGAGGGCUUCAUCCUAACGCAAGUAUUGGUUGCCAGCUGGUGACUGACCUUCAGCACUGACUGGUGCACUUAAUGGGUCUACAUGCAUAUUGGUCUAAGGAAUUGCAGAAAAAUUUCAGUUUAGCAUCUCACAUAGCAUUGCUUGUUCACUACAACUGUAGUGUUUAGUUCUGUGUUUAGCUGUAAUGUUUUAAUUCCCAAGUUGUUUUUUACUUCCUUAGAUAUGGCAAUAAAGUUAUUUUUUCAGACAGCAAAAAGUGAUUAUUUUUCCUGCCUGAAGAGACACCUGUGUGUCAGAAACAUCUGACAGUCCUACAUCUGGCAAGCUCCAUUGGCAGUUUGUACUUUUGAUCAAGGAGAAGAUCUCUACGUUAUCUAACUCGUGGUUCAUUUUGCCUUCAGAUUACACGGAACUGUUAAUCCUCAAUGUAGACAAUAUUUUACAUUGUUCUUUAAAAGAAAUGUAGUUGUAGCAAAUAAAGCUGUCAGAAUCCCGAAUGUUUAAAGAUUUAAAUACAUUCUCUAGCUUAAAAAUGGGAGAAAAUCUGGCAUUUACGCUUUUUAUAUAAGAGUUUCAGAUUUUGUUGCAUCAAGUAGUCAUGACAAAAAAGCUAAAUGUAAUGCUUAUGAAAGGGCAAUGCUAAUACUUACCUCCUGGGGUGCAGCUGUAAUUUGUAAAAUAGGUGGCAGUUGGUACAAAAGUACAAUUAUAAUCUUGGAAAUGUUGAUUUUUUUUUUAAUUGUAAAAUGUUUUGUUUUGUUUUUUUUUAAGGUAAAUGUUAAUUUUUUUAAUGUAAUCUAGGAAGACAUUUUCUCUCUGGAGAAUCAGCCAGGUGUUAUGCCACUUAGCUGUUUGUAAGACUUGAACAAGGCAACAUCUAGUGCUUUAACUAAUAUUAAAGAAGGCAUUGUUCACCCAUG